GGUGCAACAGUGGACAGUUUUUAAACACAGAAAAGCCACUCUGGGAAUGGGACCACCAAUCAGAAGCAAGAAAAACUUUACUUUCUUUCGGAUCAUCCCUCUCCGAAGACAUCUCUUCAUCCAAAGGGAAUAAACUUUUUCUCUGAGUAGAAAAGGAAACAGUUUUAAGAUAUCACAGAUGGGAUAAAAUUGAGGAAUUUGUUAUUUUUCCCCCUGCCAAUUAGGCACGAGAAAGCGUUUUUCUUAAUUGAAGGUUUAAGAAUUUAGAGCCAUUUGCUUGUAAGCAUUUAUGACAGGCUUUAACCUGAGGUGGGGAGAUCCAGUCGACACAGGCUGUAUCCUAGAAUAAAGCAACGGAAGUCUUUUGUUAGAAAGGCUGUGAUUUCUAAAGGUGCGUCUCUGGGGCCCUGGUGUAUGGAGAUACAAAGUGCCGGAGCAGACAGAGAGGUUUGGAGGUUUCCAUCUGAGUUAAAAUGGCAAAGUGGUUCAAGGAGUUCCCCAUAAAUCUGAAGAAUGGUACCGAUAGGAUCCGCUCAGCCUCCGAAUCAGGCACGCAACCAAGAGCCAAUAAAGCCGGUCUGGUGGCCAGCAUUGGUACCAAAGCAGCGGCCUCCAAAAUGGCCCAUCGCAAAAACUCCUCUGUUGAUAGCACGGGCGGAGGAGGUGGAGGAGUCGGGUCUCUCCUGUCCGGAAGAAACCGAAAGAACUCAGCCAUAGAGUUGAGCAAAAACGGUGUGAGCUAUCCGAAAGAUGGGAAAGUCUGGGACAACCUCCUGUCUGGGAAAAGUCGCAAGAACUCCAAAGCAGAGCCGGUAUUUGAUGAGCAGCCCAGAUCCCUUAAGAGCUCUCCAUCCGCAAACGCAUACAUCAGCCGGCUGAUCAGAGUGGACAAGCAGGACAAAAGUCCCAGCUUCAACAGCGGUACCACCACCAGCGCAGCGGCACCUGAAGCGGAGAAAGCAGCCCAGUGCAAAACAGAAACCGUAAUUAUCCUUGAGGAUUAUGCAGAUCCUUUUGAUGCUCAGAAGACCAGAGAGCAAAGGGAGGCAGAGAGGGUUGGGGAGAACGAUGGUUACAUGGAGCCGUAUGAUGCACAACAAAUGAUAACCGAGAUCAGACGUCGAGGGUCUAAAGACCUGCUAAAGGUGUGCGUGGUGAUGGAGGGAAGCGAGGGAGUGAUGGAUGAGGCUCAUCCUGCCCCCUUACAGAUCUAUGACAUCCCAUUUGAGGGAAGUGGCGACAGCGAGAAGAUGGCAAUCACAAGGCCAGAGCUGGACACUCGUCCCUCCACUGAGUAUGAGCUACCGUGGGAGUGGAAGAAGGAGCAUAUUGUUAAAACUCUAUCAGCACAGUUUGACAGCUCUGACCGCUCUGCCAAAGAUGAGAUGUCUCACCCCACACUUACUAGACAGCCCCAACAUCCACCAGCCCAGCAACCGCAACAGCAACAUCAGCAUCGGAGGCAGAAAAGCUGGACUCAGAAGAUUCUGAGAUCUUCUCUGCCAGCCCUUUUGCCAUCCUCUAUCCCCAGUAGCAGCUCUGAAACCGAGUCCUGCUGCGUAGACCCCUCCCUGCCACUGGAAAAACAGAGCUGGUACCAUGGCUGUGUGACUCGCCAGGAGGCGGAGUUUCAGCUGCAGUCCUGCAAAGAGGCCAGCUUCCUGGUCAGGAACAGCGAGUCGGACAACAGCAAGUACUCCAUCGCCCUCAAGACGAGCCAGGGCUGUGUUCAUAUCAUUGUUGCCCAAACUAAAGAAAACGGCUACACCCUGGAUCAGAGCAGCUGCGUGUUCCCCAGCAUCCCCGAGGUGGUGCACCACUACUCUACUCAGCGUCUGCCUUUCAACGGAGCAGAGCACAUGACCCUGCUGCACCCUGUUCCUCGCAUCCACUGACUCAACCAUAACUCAGCUUGAGUAUGCAAAACAAACACACCCCUGGAUAUCCAAAAAUCAAUCAGAACAUCACCUCUGAUCAUUUUCAGUGAACUGCUAUCAUCAACCCUGCUUCAUGUGGUGGUUUCACUAUCUUUAUUUCAUCCCCAAAUUAACUGUGACUGUCUCUGUGUCCAACACUUAUGAUUAGCUUCUUCCUUUAUUUCACUUUGAUGUGCAGCUCAUGCAAAACAUCCAUGCUGCUGUUUUGCAUGUAAACAAGCUCAGCAGGGAUGAUGCUGCACUUUUACUGAUGAAAUGUGACUUGGCAAUCAAUUGGGACAGGACUCAGAGACACAAGCGAUGUUAUCAUUAUUCACUAGACUUAUAACAAAAGCUAUAAAAGUGGCAUUAUCUGUGAAGCAGAAAGUACUUCUGGGAGGGAGACCUAACAUUUCAGUUUAGUCGGCUCUCUUUUGCCCUCUAGUGGAGCUGCUGGUACAUUGUACCAACAUCCCAACACAAAGAAUUCUCCAUGCACAAACUCCACGCACAUAAGCAUAUAAUUCCACUUACAAAGAUAUGAGCAAAACCCAUCUAUUUUAUGUGUAUCCUCUCAGUGUAUUUCUAAUUUAUGAUUGUAUGCUUGUUAGUUAUCUGUAACCACUGUGCCUUGAGGAUUUCCACUGUGUUACUGUGAAUGAGGGUGUUGUUUCUACUAAAUUAUCUGCGCUGUGAAGAGUGAGUGAUUCACCCUAGUGCAAUGUGCUUGAAGACGCAAUGGCUUUACAAUGGUUAGAGCUGAGACUAAAUUUCCACAUCCCGGUCCAGCUUAACAAGACUGUUCAUUCCCGUGAGCAUGUGUAAAGUAAUUCUGCAAAUUACUGUGACUUGUGGUAAGAAAACUUUAUUAAAAAAAAAACAAUGCCCCAUGUCAGCAGCCUGCAGGGCUGCAAAUGAGGAUUAUUUACAGAUGAAAGUGCAGGAAUGAAGCGCCAGUCUCACCUGUUUCUAAUGCUGCUGUCCCUCAGGUGUCGUGCCCUCUGGUGCUAAAAGGCAGAAGCACAAACUGAGAAGUGGUGACUAAAUUCUAUUCACUGAAGUCUUACUGUAUUUUUUCUUCAUGUAUUCUAAAUGUAACUCAUAAAUAUUUGGCAUUGUGUCUUUACUCUUAAAUGCUGGAAUUCAUUUUACACAGACUCCAGUUAACCUGCCAACCGACAAGAAAAUAUGGUUAAAUUUGGCUUUAUUAUAUAUAUAUUUGGAGGUUUGCCAUUAACAUGUCUAUUCAAAGAUUUUAUGGAAGUUCAGUUCAAACUGUAGUAAUCUGAGGAGACACACCUGCUAUACAUUUUUUUGACAGCUUCUUUUGAUAUAUGAAAACCUAUUGUUCGAACACUGUAGAACAGAUUACAAUAAAAGGUCCUGAAUCUCAAUGCCGGAUAUCCCCUGUGAGCUUGUCUCUGAUCCCAAUAAAUCAGCAACAUAAA